GAUGCUUACAUAUGGAAUACUAGUCCCAUCAGACAUGUAAUGGAGCAUUGUUAUAAUCGUGGUGAAAGAAGAACUUAUUUGAUUGGAAAUGCUGGAUAUCCUCUAGAACCGUGGCUUAUGACACCAUUGCCACAUUAUCCACAGUGGAGUCGGCAAUUUCAUUAUAAUGAAAAAUUAUGUAAAGCACGGAGUAUUGUGGAGAGAUUUUUUGGGGUUCUAAAGGGAACAUGAAGAUGUCUAUCAUAUCAAAGAGUACUGAUGUAUGCUCUAGAAAUAGGUGGACAAAUUGUAAAUGCAUGCGCAGUGUUGCACAACAUGCGUUUACAUUAUCGAAUACCAAUUAAUAUGGAGGAACAUAUUAUGUUACACAAUGUACAUCAAAAUUAUGUUAAUGAUGCAGCAGAAAUACAGGAUGAAGGGUUUUGUAGAAUACCUAGAGCCGUUGCCCAACGAAUUCAACAACAGAUUAUGCGACAAUGGUUUCCAAAUAAUCGUUGUGCAUGGAAUGAAAGAAAUGAACACAUUGA